GCUGUCAAUCUCAUUUUGUUUUGUCCUCUUCGGUGUUUUCUCUGUUUUCAUUAAUAAAAUGUGCUCGCGAUUGUAAUCUGAUUAGUUUUAAAUUUGAAAAGUUGCACCAGAAUGUACAGAAUAUCUAGUUUGAAGGGAUGUUUUAGAAACAAGAACAUAUUACUACCCAACAAAUGCUUUGGUUUACGGCUCAAUCCGGAACUGAUUCGUUUUCAGAAAUUUUCUCAUUUAUGUAACCAUCAGCACGGAUCAACAGUGCAAAGACUGCCUUUAAUUUUACACGAAAUAUUAACUAUCAAAGCUGAUAUCAUCAAACGUGUUCAUUCAUCUACUCCAACGCCAGAAAUGCUAGAUACCCUGAAGAAGAAAAAGCGCAAGAAAGCAAGGAAGUUUGCCGAGCUCUUAACAGUUGAUGACACAUCUACAAAACAUACUAAAGCGUCUGUCCAGCAAUUAAAGGCCCAGAAAUUGUCUGACUUUAUCAAUGAUCACAUCUCGCACGAAUUGAUCGCUGCCCAAAUCACAAAAUCAGCAAAAAUGAAGAGUAUUAUUCCGGAAGAUAUGGUAGACCUCCCAAGCCAUAGAUUUGAAGCAACCCCAGUGAUUUUUAUUGGAGAGAACAUGCAGGAAAUGAACCUUCCUAAUGAAACACUUGCGGAAAUUUUAGAAAGCUAUCGAGUGCUAAAACAAAUUCAGAGCAAGCAGCCCAAUAAUUCAAGUUGUGUUGAACAAGUAACAGAGGAGGAGUUUCUAGAAACAAGUGAUGUGCUGGUCGAGGAAGAAAUGGCAGAAAUACCCAUCACUUCGAAAACGAAAGGUAAAUCUAGGAAACGUAAAGAACAUGCUAGAAAAAGCAAAACCAAAAAGGCCGAUGAGAAAAAACAUAAUGAAAAAUCUCCAGAAGAAUUACUAGCCCGUCAGAAAAGUUUCCACAUAACGCUCACGGCAUAUCUGGAUAUUUGCCUAGCAAGUGGGAUGAUCAAUCGUGCCUACGCGACUGUUCUGAAUUACCGAUGUAAGCGAAACAGACAAGAUAUAAGCAUCGAUAUCUACAAUAUGCUUCUCCACGGCUACGCAGAAAAGGGUAACAUUCUUAAAAUUAAAGAUAUUUUAAAGAUUAUAAAUGAAGAUGGUAUCGAUCCGAACCCGCAAACGUAUGCCGCUAUUUUUGAGUGCCUCGGUCGGUUAGAAACAACUGCAGAACUUAAAACCGAGGUGAACGCAUAUCUGAUGGAAGCGGAGGCCAAAGGUAUUAAUAUGAAUGAUAUAUUGGAUUGUAGUAAGUUUACGACCGAUCAAAGAGAAACAGUACUUAGCAUAUUUCAUGAGAUAAACCCUGAAUUCUGCCCUCGAUACACGCCGCCGGCUUUAAAUUACGAUAAUCAUUUGUUGAACCCACUAAAUGAGCACGUUAAACCAAUAGGUGCAUCUAGUGGCUUCGAUAAUUCGGAUGCAGGAUCAGAAAUCAUGAACUCAAAGGCUGGAUUCACGCGUGAGGAGUUGGAGCAACUCGCUAGGGAGCAGAUUGAAAUGGAGUUAAAAGGACAUCUCACAGUGAAGAGUAUCCAAAAGUUUCCUGAACCGAACGCUACUGUGAAAAAAUAUCGUAAAGAAUUGGAGGAACUUCGUAAAGCGUGGGCUAAACAGAUUACAAAGGCCUUCCAUCGCGAUGUGAACUCAUUGAAAGCGGUAACAGAAUCGAAAUCAAACAGAUCAAUUAAUCUGUUCCCAUAUCUGAAAGCCCUUACAGUUGCACAGUACACGGAUAUACUUCUCAAUGAGGCCCAGCAGCUAGUGGAGGGAUCCGACACGUUCAGUGUCGCUGUGGCGCACCUCUACAGGGAACUUGGCAGUCAGGUGGAGGCACGCUAUCACAUUGAGCAGAAACGUAUGAACGGAGUACUGGAUAAAACGUGCGAGAUUUAUAACUUGUACUGUGAUGCAUUAGCAAAAGGUAACUCCAGCGAUAAUCCGCGACAACUAUGGCAACGUUUGGUUCACGAGUGUCGACAGGAUGGCCCAAGCAUGAAUAUUACAAGUAUUGCCUGGCCACGAGCUGCCGUUUUCGGUGUGGGGAAAUUCCUUUAUAACAUCAUGAAAAAUGAUCUUAAAAUCAAUGUGCAUGCAGCAGCCCCUGGAAAUCGCCCAGUAAAAAAUGUGCCCGCAUUUUAUUCGCUGUAUCGUUAUGAGUCUAAAGCUGCCAAGGAACAGAUCAAACCACAUCCGGUGUUGGUUAAACUGCACCGUAAAUCACAGCAAGAUACUUUAAACUUCGAUAUCGGUCUUGUUCCAAUGCUAUGCCCACCUCAGCCCUGGAGUACACCGGUUAAUGGUGGCUAUAUCUUGGCGAAAUCAGAACUUAUUCGGCUACCACACCAAGCACAUCAGCAAUCUGAGAGGAUUAAUGAAGCCAAACUAACGGAUAUAUAUCCUACACUAGAUUCUCUGAAUCAGUUGGCCAGUGUACCUUGGGAAAUUAAUGCAAAUGUGCUGGACGUAGUGUUAGAAGUUUUCAACAGAGGGGGAAAUGCUAAACUCGAUGUUCCUGAACCACCCAGUUCAUUGCCACCAGUUACCGAAACUAAACCUCGUAGUGAAAUGACAAACUACGAUCGUUUCAAUAUGAUGCGACAAAAAAUGAACCAUCGGCGGAAACAAGGCGAUAUGUAUAGCUUGUGGUGUGACGCGUUGUACAGGCUUUCGUUGGCCAAUCAUUUCCGAGAUAAAGUAUUCUGGUUGCCUCAAAACAUUGACUUUCGCGGCCGUGUUUACCCAAUACCACCCCAUUUGAACCAUCUUGGGCACGAUCUAGCCCGAUGCCUUAUGGUGUUCCAUCAGAAGAAACCGUUGGGACCCGAUGGUUUCAAUUGGCUUAAGCUGCAUUGCAUUAACUUGACCGGAUUGAAAAAGCGAGACUCAAUUCAAGAUCGUCUGCGAUAUGCCGAUGAAAUAAUGGAUGACAUACUAGAUUCAGCGGAUAAGCCACUAACGGGUCGAAUGUGGUGGACUAAUUCGGAUGAACCAUGGCAAACUUUGGCAUGUUGCAUGGAAAUCGCUAAGGUUUCUCGGUGCCCCAAUCCUGCUGAAUAUCUUUCGAAUUUUCCCAUUCAUCAGGAUGGUUCGUGUAAUGGUCUUCAGCACUAUGCGGCACUCGGACGUGAUACUCCGGGUGCCAUCAGUGUGAAUCUUUCCACGUCCGAUGUACCUCAAGACGUGUACAGUGCAGUAGCUACAUUAGUAGAAGAAAAUCGAGCAAAAGAUGCCGAAAACAACAAUGAGGUUGCUCAAGUUCUUGAAGGCUUUAUUAAACGAAAAGUGAUCAAACAGACCGUGAUGACCACCGUGUACGGUGUUACCCGCUUUGGUGCCCGAAAGCAAAUAGCUCGUCAGCUGGAAUACAUCGAUGAAUUCCCUAAAGAUUAUGUUUGGCCAGCAUCCAGUUACCUGACGCUCAAAACGUUCAAUGCUCUUAGCGAAAUGUUUACAUCGGCGAAAGAAAUUCAAGACUGGUUCACAGAUUGUGCACGACUAAUUUCCGCAGUGCGAGCACAAAACGUCGAAUGGGUCACUCCUCUCGGAUUACCAGUGGUACAACCUUACAAUCGCGCAGAUAAACCUGUUUCCUACAAAUCAAAAUCUAAACUUCCCGAGCACUUUGUUAUGGACUUGUACGAUAAACCUAACAUUAUGAAGCAGAAAAAUGCAUUCCCUCCCAACUUUGUACAUUCGCUUGACUCUAGCCACAUGAUGCUAACUUCGCUGUACUGCGAGCGUGCCGGAUUAACGUUCAUUUCCGUACACGAUUGUUACUGGACUCAUGCCUGUACGGUAGCUACGAUGAAUAAGAUCUGUCGUGAACAGUUUGUUGCGUUACACUCCAAACCUAUACUAGAAGAUCUCUCAAAACUUCUGAUGCAAAAGUACAGUUUCAAUGAAAGUGAAAUCACCGACGACGGUUCCGUAAUUGAUUUAACUAAACGCAAGCUAAAUCUGAUUCUACAACAAUACCCCGAGAAGGGAGACUUUGACCUGCGGCAAGUGCUGAACUCUGUGUAUUUUUUCAGCUAAACAAUGCUGCUCCAACAAUCGGGCCGCUGCAAGUCUAGUCAAAAACGAUUCGGGAGUGAGUCGGUAGAAUAAUUGUUUUACCCUGAAUAAAGUUUACAGUGUACUUUGUGAUAAGCGAUUUUCCGGAUAUGUUAUUUUUGCCAUACAACAGGCAAAAUCGAGUACAAAACAAUGAAUUAAAAGACGAUUUGUCGUUGA